UCAAACCACAAUGUAAAAAGAACAAUCUUUCUCGGAUAUAUCUCACGUUUUGUUGGCCUUAAAUUGAAGAUUUUGUCAAACAAUGCAAGAUUAACCGCGUUUGUCCACAUUUACUGAAAUAUUCGUGUUUGAAUCGCUCUGUAUUUGUUGCGCAGUGAAGCGACACCCACGGAAGUGACCAAAAUGGGAAGAAUUGACGACGUAUUUUGGCAUGACGCAAUGUCCUAGCGCCUGGCUACGCGCACCGAGUAGUUCAUUCUGAAGUUAAGAGAUUGCUUAGCUAGUUUGUUUGCUAAUUUACUGUAAGAUAAGCAUGACUCUAACUCGGAUACACGGUAACCUAUCAAUUUUACGCUAAUAAUACUGUGGUUUAUUAUCAUACAACCAUGAAGUUGCUCCAAAAAGACAUUGAAAAAGAUAAUGCCGGUCAGGUGACUCUGAUGCCAGAGGAGGCGGAGGAUAUGUGGCACACCUACAACCUGCUGCAAGUGGGGGACAGCCUGAGAGCCUCCACUAUCAGGAAGGUGCAGACAGAGUCACCUACUGGAAGUGUGGGCAGCUCCAGAGUUCGCACCACUCUGACCUUAAGUGUGACGACUAUCGACUUUGACUCCCAGGCCUGCCAGCUGAGAGUUAAGGGCACUAACCUAGAGGAGAACCAGUAUGUCAAGAUGGGGGCCUACCACACUAUUGAGCUUGAGCUCAACAGGAAGUUCACUCUGGCUAAAAAAAGCUGGGACAGCAUUGUACUGGAUAGAAUUGAGCAGGCAUGUGAUGCAACCCAGAAGGCAGAUGUGGCAGCUGUGGUAAUGCAGGAAGGUCUGGCCAACCUGGUGCUGGUGACCCCCGCCAUGACUCUGCUCCGUGCAAAAGUGGAGGUCACCAUUCCUCGCAAGAGAAGGGGGAGCUGCACUCAGCACGAAAAGGCUCUGGAGAGGUUCUAUGAGGCUGUGAUGCAGGCAAUUCUUCGCCACAUCAAUUUUGAUGUGGUGAAGUGCAUACUGGUUGCCAGUCCAGGAUUUGUGAAGGACCAGUUCAUCACCUACCUUUUUAAAGAGGCGGUGCGACAGGACAACAAGAUCCUGCUGGAGAAUCGGCCCAAAUUCAUGCUGGUCCACUCAUCAUCAGGUCAUAAGUACUCACUCAAAGAAAUCCUUUCUGACCCCACUGUGACAAGUAGGCUUUCUGAUACCAAGGCAGCAGGAGAAGUAAAAGCCCUGGAAGAUUUCUACAAGAUGCUCCAGCAUGAGCCCGACAGAGCCUUCUAUGGACUAGCUCAUGUGGAGAAAGCUGCUGACGCCCUUGCCAUCGACACCUUGUUAAUAAGCGAUAAGCUGUUCAGACAUCAGGAUGUCGCCACGAGGAAUCGUUACGUUCGGUUGGUGGACAGCGUGCGGGACAAUGGCGGAGGCAAUGUCAGAAUAUUCUCAAGCCUUCAUGUGUCUGGUGAACAACUGACUCAACUGUGUGGAGUGGCUGCCAUCUUGCGGUUUCCCAUUGCUGACCUAUCCGAGCCUGAGGACGACAGCAGCUCAGACGAUGACUGAUUUUGACAGAAUUUGGGAGAAAAGAAGACUAAGGUCAUCCAACGUUGCCAAUAACCCAAGAAUGCAUUGACUCAGUGUGUUAUAAAACAAAGCUGCUGUGUUAAACUAAACGUAUUCCACUUCUGUCACAUCCACACCUCUUUCAAGUCUUAUCUCCACAGCGGUUUCCUUAAAGAGGCCAUCAUUUCAAAUAAUUUGAUGCCAUUUUUGAUGCUUUUGGUUUGAAGGUAACAGUGUAUUUAAAAGGUGCAGGUUAAGAAUGCCA